CUUUACGAUUAAUUAAGAUAAAUCGAAUUGGCAAAAAUGGUAUCUCUGUAACCACUUUUUAAGGUUAGGUUUGUAUUUGUUUGAAUUUGAUAUAAUAUAAUGUUAUCAACUCCGUGUUUGAAUAUUUUUUAUUUUGUUUUUGUACGAUACUACGAUUAUUGUUUUGAGUGUUAUAACUAAAUUUCCUAAUUUUCUAUAGGAUAAUAAUAAAAAAAAAAAUGUCUCUUAGCAUUGCCCAAAUUCGUCAAAAUUUAAGUCUUUUAGCCAACGCACAAACGUGUCAUAAAGAUCAAGUUGAUAAGUAAGAUUUAGUUUUGUUGGACAUUACGCACUUAAAAUAUUUAUUACAUUGUUUACUAACCAUAUGUAAUUGUAUUAUUCACAGAUACAGAAAUUUAUUGAACAAUGUUUUGUCAAAUACCGGCGACAAUGUUAUUGAAGCGUUGAAAGUAUUUGUUGAAGCCAGUAAGUAGAUGUUAAAUAAAAUUCUAUGAAUUAUUAAAUAAUAAAUAAUCUUAAUCUCUUUUUAGUUGUUAAUGAAAACGUCAGUUUAGUGAUAUCUCGUCAAAUAUUAUCUGAUGUCAGUACACAACUUUUACCAGAUUUGGCUGAUGCGCAGUCUAAAUUAUUAGCUCAUUUUACACUAGAAAAAGUGAUAUUUACUGAAUUUUAAAUAAUUCAAAAUAAUUAACCUUUGAUAUUUGUAUUAGAUCCAACCAAGAGUAAUUUCUUUUGAAGAGCAAGUAGCCAAUGUACGUCAACAUUUAGCGUCAAUUUAUGAAAGAGAACUCAAUUGGAAAGAAGCAGCAGCAGUACUUGUUGGCAUACCACUUGAAACCGGACAAAAGUAAGUAUUUAUUCGUUUUUAAUUGUUUUCUUCAAAUAAAUAAAUUUAAUACAUUUUAGGAAGUAUACUGUUGAUUAUAAACUGGAAACUUAUAUGAAAAUUGCACGUCUUUACUUGGAAGAUGAUGAUCCUUUGUUAGCAGAAUCUUACAUCAAUAGAGCUUCAUUAUUGCAAGUAAUGUUAUAUUAAAAUAACUAGGUUUUUUUAACAAUAAUACUAAUUAUAAUUUUUAGACUGAAUCCAAAAACGAAAAAUUGCAAAUUUGUUAUAAAGUAUGUUAUGCAAGGGUAUUGGAUUUCCGUCGCAAGUUUAUUGAAGCUGCUCAAAGGUACAAUGAAUUGUCAUAUAAAUCAAUUAUAACUGAAGAGGAGCGUAUGACAGCUUUAAAGAAUGCUCUUAUUUGCACAGUAUUAGCAUCUGCUGGUAAGAAAUAUAUUUUAUACUUAUUAUAAUCAGAUUUAUUAAUUUUAUGUUAUUAGGUCAACAACGUAGUCGAAUGUUGGCGACAUUAUUCAAAGAUGAAAGAUGUCAAAGUUUAGCAGAGUUCUCGAUCCUUGAAAAAAUGUACUUGGAUAGAAUAAUACGACCAAAUGAAAUAGCUAGACUAGAUGCAAUGUUACAACCGCAUCAGAAAGCAAAAACUGUAGAUGGUAAAUUAAUUGCAUUUGCAAUUGCCUUCUAAAAAUGUACACUAAAUAAAAUAUUUAAAUAUCUUAGGUUCAACCAUAUUGGAUCGAGCUAUUAUUCAACACAAUCUGUUAUCAGCCAGUAAACUGUACAAAAAUAUGAAAAUUGAAGAACUUGGUCGUUUAUUGGGUAUUGAACCAAGCAAAGCAGAAAAGAUAGCAGGACAAAUGAUAUCAGAAGGACGCAUGGAAGGUUCAAUUGAUCAGAUAGAAUGUUAUGUUCAUUUUAAAUGUAAGCAGCAUAUUCGUAUAAUAAUGGUCUAGUUUAUAAUAUUUUUAAAUAAUUUCUUUUGAUAGCUCAAAAAUUGUUGCCGUCUUGGGACAAGAAAAUUGAAGCUCUUUGUUAUCACGUUAAUCAUAUAAUUGAACUCAUGUCUGCAGACCCAACCACACGUGAAUGGAUGAAUAAACAUUUAAAUGAUCAAAUGACAUUUUAAACUGGAGCAAAAUAAUAUAAAUUUGUAUUUUUCCUAAUUAAUUUUAAACAAAUACAUAUACUGAAAAUUUUUUUUAAAUGUAGAUACAAAUACUCUUAUGAUUAUCCUUUAUAUAAUCCUACGUUUACUGACAAUACAUCUUGUCUACGCAAAGUUUAGGUAUGUAAGGCAAUGCUUAUAAGGCAAGUUCCAAGCCAAUACCGAAUUUAUGACCGCCCUGAUUGAAUUGGCGACACUCAAAUAAGCUGGCCAAUGAUAAUGUGACACCUAAAACAAAAUAAAAGUUUAUAAGUAAAUGGUUUAUUUGUUUACAAAUAGAUUGUGAUCUUUUACCAUCUUUAACUUUAAUCCCAGAACCUAGGCACAAUUGACUCUUGUUGUUGAUCUUGGCACGCAAUUUAACUUCUUUGUUAAGUUGGUACUGUGUACCAAUAGCAAGGGAUGAAUCAUUAUUCUCUGAAGACCAAGAUACUUGGAGUCCCAAAUCCAAUUGAUCAGAUAAUUUUUGGAAAACUGAACCUCCGAAUAUUUUGUUAUCAUUGCUACACAUAAAUAUUACACAAUAUUAAAAUAAUUUAAUACAUUACUGUAUUGCUAAAUUAAUCUGUGAUUACAUUAAGAAUCUCUGAUAACAUAAUUAUUUUAUGCUAAACAGGUGGUUCAAGUAGUAUAAUGGAUUU